AAAACAUAUAUGAUAGAAGGUUUGAAUGGAGAUAUUUGCAGAAAUGGGUGAAUAUUGAUGCGGAAUGCAUGUUUACAUGUAAAUGUGAUGUUAUAUGUGGAUUGAUAUACAUUCGUAGUUUAAAAGGAAAAUAAAGGUAUAGAAACAUGAGUGGCAAUGAGUGGGAGCGCUUAAAUUCUGUCAAUAUUGGUGUAAGUGUAGAAGAAUCACAAGAGUUCUAUCGAACAUGGGCUGAUAGUUACAACAAGGACUGUGAAAAGCUGGGUUAUACAGGCCCUAAGAAAGUUGCAACUCGUGUGUCAGAGCUGUUCUCUGAAUGUGAGCGUGAAAAUAUACGCAUUCUCGAUGUUGGAGCAGGUACUGGACUAGUAGCUAUGGAACUGAAGAAACUUGGUUUUGAGUGCAUCCAUGCUCUUGAACCAAGUGAAUCUAUGCUGCUAGAGGCGAUGAAAGCUGGUUUGUAUAAGAAAUACUUUAAGGAAUUCUUAACUGAGUCGCCGACAACAAUACCCGCUGGUUCAUAUGACAUCAUAACCGGAUGUGGAAUAUACGGAGACGAUGCUCACGUGCCAUGUGAGGCUUUGCUAGAGAUGAUACGGCUCAUUAAACCAGGAGGGUAUAUUGUCCUAGCCACACGCAAUGAACUAGUUCAAAAUAAUGAGACGUAUAAACAUUUAGAACCACUGAUGGAUAACAUUGAGACAAACGGGAAAUGGAAGAAAGUGUCACGUGAUGUGUUUCCUAGAUUUAAUCUCAAGAAAGACGGAAUAAUGUGGUGUUACCAAGUACUCUAGAGAAAGGCAAAGCCACAUCAUUGGCAAAAGUUAACCUAACUUAAUUAAUCAGUAACAACAACUGGCCUCACUCAAGUUAUUGCACACAUGGUAGAAAAAUGAAUACAUUUAUGAUAAUAAAUCGAAGCUAAUUCUUCCUUCAAAUCUUACUAUGUUGCAUCCGCCAGUUAUAUAUUUAGUAACCAACCACAUUCUUCAGGACUUUCGUCAAUAUCCCUUGUCUUUUCUGAUAAUGUAAUUGUUGCUGGUGAUACGAUUAUUUCUUUGUUUACGUUUUUAAAUAUUUUUCAACAUGUGCUGGAACAUAUUGGUUAAAGUGUGUGUAUAACUACUUUUAUAUAACAUAGAAGGAAUUGGCUAACUGGGUUUAAGUAGAUCUAAGGAAGGAGUGUGAGGUGACUAGGCAGUUCUACAAUCUUGCAGGUCUUUAAGAACACUUCAUGCUAGUAACCAAACACGAAAGGUACCACCAUCUUAAAUAUAUUCGUCCAAUCAGUGUUCAUUAAUAUUUGAUUAUGUAUUUUGUUAUUUUUGAAGCAUAGAAUAAAUACAUGUCAGAACAAACAUUUGGCUUUUAGCGGGGUUAUUAAACACACGCGGACUAAAACUGUUGGGGGAUAUCGCACACCAGACUGUUGUUCUCACACUGUGCAUAGUCUCUGUGCAUAGACCCUCAAAAAUGGCAUUUUACUCGUCAUUUAACAAAACAUUGUCCAGUGCGUCAGCGUGAUUUCCGGGGACGUCUGAGUUCUAGUUUCAAAAAUUUAUAUUUUAUCAUGGUCUGUAAUGGUUGAUCUUUUUCACCGUAUGAAGAUCAGAAUGUUUUGGUAUGCUCGUGUCGCUGAUUGAUUUUUCAGACAGAAUCUGAACUAUUCCUGAAGUUAACCAUAUCUAAUUUUACGUUUUAUAUUAUAAACAAAACAACAGUGCUGACCAAUCACAGUAAUUAUUACAUACCUAAAAUUAUUUUACAUUGGGUUUCAAUGGACCGCGAUCGUGCAAUAUUUUUCCAUAUCAUGACGUGGAACCCUUUCAUAUCGGACGUGGAAUGUUUUAUUAACGUUGCAAUGGAAAGAAUCGCGUGACGUCCAUGGCGUCCACUCGCACGUUGCGACAACAAGUUGACGUCAUUUUCGCGGAAAAUAUCAAUGCUCGUCAGUUUCAAUUGUUUAUUGCAUUUUGUUUUCGUUCUUUUCCUGUCUUUCGUUACAGAACGAUAUCCUCGGGCGGGGCGUAUGUUUUCCGUGACUAUUUGAUAAACGACAUCGUGUCUGAAAUCAUUAGUCCUCCACCUCUGAUUCAUGUGGGGAAGUUGGCAGUUACCUGCGAAGAACAGAUUUGUACUGGUACAGAAUCCAGGAACACUGGUUAGGUUAACUGCCCGCCGUUACAUGACUGAAAUACUGUUGAAAAACGGCUUUAAACUCAAAACAAACGAACAAAAACAGAACGAUAAUUUAGAUAUAAUAAAUUAAUCAUUUGAUAAUGGAUAUGUAAUAAAAAGGUUAUAAACUUUGUAUGUGGAUAUAUGCACUCGUUCUUUCGCGGAUGAUAUUGAAAAUAUCAAUGCUCGUCAGUUUCAAUUGUUUAUUGCAUUUUCGGAUAAAUUAUUUUCGUUCUUUUCCUGUCUUUCGUUACAGAACGAUAAUUUAGAUAUAAUAAAUUAAUCAUUUGAUAAUGGAUAUGUAAUAAAAAGGUUAUCAACUUUGUAUGUGGAUAUAUGCACUUAUUGCUCCUGAGGUCGCGCAAUAUUACCUCUGCAGAACUCGUGCAUAUAUCCACAUACAAAGUUAAUAACCUAUAAUUAUCCUUUACCCUGCUAAAUUUCUAAAAUGGACUGGUCCAUCAUUCAAUUUGGGCAGUGUCACUUAUUAUUCAAAUGGGUAUGUACUGAAAAUUUACUGGCUGAAUAGCGAACAGUGCCGACCGUGAUCAGUCUGCACGGACGUGCAGGCUGAUCUUGGUCUGCACUGGUCGCAAAAGCAGAAUCACCUGCCACCAGCAGACUAAAGACUCAAAACUUAGAUUUGAAUUAGUUAAUAAUGUAUUUGAAAUCUGGGUAACAGACAGAGGUUCAUUUGCAAUGUCACUUAAACGUGUGUAAAUGGUUAGAACCGCUUACAUUCAUUCAAGACUGACGUAUAGCGCUGGGCUCAUUGUUACAGUCAAAACUGACAUAUAUAUAUUAUAGCAUUAAAGAAGAAGGGAGAUAAGAACUGUUAUACUAAGCUCCGAAACCUUUAAGAGUUGGCGCUCUUCCUUGAUUAACUGAAGUCAUACCGUAAUUCUAGACGCCAGUAAAAUAUGAUCAAAUCAAUAAUAUAUAUGACAGCACAGCUUUUAAUGAUAUAUCUGAAGGUGCUUAAAUCUAUCAGUAACCCUUUAAUAGCUUUUUGUUUUUAUUUUGAUAAAUAUAUUUUGUUCUU